CGUAGCCCUCAGGUUGGUUACAACAUCUGUAACUCUGCCACCGAGAACCAGAAUUCCACGUGCCGCACCUCAAUGGUGAACCACAUCGACGAUUUCUGCUUGCGAGCGCCUUUCACCCUCCACUCCACUAUCGGCGAUACUGAGCAGGAGGAGGUUGUAUGGCGCACUAAGCCUGGCCACGGCACUCGUGUCAUCCUCAACGGUACCCUUCAGGGUGUUCAGUUAAUCCGCACGUCGGAGUACAUCUAG